AUGCGUGAGGAGAAUAGACGCAGCAAACAUAAAGAAUCUGCUCUUCUUCCUAACCCUAAUAUAUUGAAUGAGUCUGGACAUCAUGAGCGAAUGCAUGGCGGGGUUAUUGAUCCUGAGACUGGGCGUGCCAUGCAGUACGAAAGGACAGUUGAAAUUGAGUUACAGGAGACACAGAGAGGAGGAAAGAAAAGAGUUAAGAAAACCAUUGAGAAAACGAGUUGGCUUGGAUUACCUAAACCAGGAAUACAGAAACCAUUGUUCCAAGAUGAUUCAUCAGAUGAUGAUCAAGACCUGCCUCCGAUAAAGGAGAGUAAUCCAUUGUACUCUACUGAUCCGUAUGAGACUGAUUUCAGUAAUCCAGUCUAUCACAAAGAAGCUACUGAUCUUGGAGGAGGAGGAGGAGGAGGUAGAGCCAUUGGGACUUCAGUGCUGGGAACGGAGUCCGUUGAGAUGGACGAGUUGGUACCUCUUUCACCUGAUGAUGUUGCCAAGAUCAGUGAAGCUGAAGUGCCUAUUGGACAAUCUGAUACUUUAUAUUAAACUUUUUAUCUCAUUUAUUUAUCUGUUUAAUAGGAUAGGCCUUUUUAUGCAUACAUACUUUUGCUGAUAUACAUACUUCUGCAUUGUUUUGAAGAAAAUUAUAGUCUUUUAUAAACUUUUAA